AUGCCGUCGAUUUGGCGGCCGAACGUGAGAGUGACCCUCGACGAGGACGGUGAAGUUGAGGACGCGGAAAGGGGGGGAGAGGAGUUGACGAAGAAGGGCACGAAGCGGAAGAGGGCCCCUUGCACGAAGGGGCCAUGCGAGCACGGGGUGAAGUAUCGGUCGAACUGCACGGUGUGCCGCGCUUGCCCGCACGGUCGUCGGCGCUCUCGGUGCAAGGAGUGCGGUGGUGCAUCAAUCUGCGAGCACGGCCGUCAGCGCUCUAUUUGCAAGGAGUGCGGCGGGUCCGGCAUCUGCGAGCACGGUCGUCGGCGCUCUACAUGCAAGGAGUGCGGUGGUGCAUCAAUCUGCGAGCACGGCCGUGUGCGCUCUCAAUGCAAGGAGUGCGGUGGGUCUCAAAUCUGCGAGCACGGUCGUAGGCGCUCUACAUGCAAGGAGUGCGGUGGGGGCUCGAUCUGCGAGCACGGCCGUGAGCGCUCUAGGUGCAAGGAGUGCGGUGGGUCUCAAAUCUGCGAGCACGGUCGUAGGCGCUAUCAGUGCAAGGAGUGCGGUGGGCCUAGAAUCUCCACUCCGCCGUGA